AUUUUAUUUUUCUCAAUGAGUUUGGGAGGGGUACGGUGCGUGUGUACAACUAAUUCCGGAUUAAUCGUUUAUUUUAUUUUAUUAUUGUCAGCGUGUACGAUGUGUUAUUGUGAAAAUGUGUUAACCUGUUUAAAUAGCGAGUAAGGUCACAUACUCAGUUUCUCUCCAGUAUUUGCAAUAAUCAUGCAAAAUGGCCAACGAUUUGUGGUCAUGUUACUGUUGUACAGAAGCACUGACAUGUUGGUUGCGCUUAAAACUAUCACCUGAGGAGAUAGAGCAACGUUACAGAAGUAAAGAGAUCGACAGAAUAUUGGAGAAGGACAAGCAGACUUUACGACGACAGGUCAAACUUUUGCUACUCGGUGCAGGUGAAAGCGGAAAAUCAACAUUCCUGAAACAGAUGAGAAUAAUACACAGAGUUAAGUUUGAGCCGGAACUAGUGCGCGAAUACCAACAUGUGAUUUAUCAGAACAUAGUGAAGGGUAUACAAGUGCUAGUGGAUGCGCGGGACAAACUCGCGAUCCCGUGGGAAAAUCCUAGGAACCUCGACAUUGGGCAGCAAGCUUUGCACUUCAAUAGUAGUGCUUCACUCGACAGUCUUCUGUUCAUGCACUACGCGCCACACAUACACUCCCUGUGGCUAGACAGAGCCAUAAAAAGGGCAUACGAUAGGCGGAGAGAGUUCCAACUGAGUGACUCCGUGAGUUAUUUCUUCAGCGACCUGGAGCGCAUCGCGCGGCCGGACUACGUGCCUUCACGGUGCGCUAACAAACUAAAUCGUUGUGAUUCCAGGAAGACGAACCGGCUCGCAGAGGCCCUCAACAUAUUCGACACGAUCGUCAACAACGUCAACUUCAAAGGAAUAUCGAUCAUUCUUUUUUUGAACAAGUCUGAUCUACUCGCGAAGAAAGUCGCCAGCAAGGAGACUGAUAUACGCUGGUACUACCCCCAGUUCACCGGAGACCCUCACAAUCUACAGGAUGUUCAGAUGUUCAUCCUCAACAUGUUCGCCAACGUCCGGCGCGAGCCGAAGACCACCCUCUACCACCAUUUCACCACAGCCAUCGAUACGCACAACAUAGAGGUCGUGUUCAACUCCGUCAAGGAUACGAUACUCAACCGCAACCUUGAGUCGCUAAUGUUGCAGUGACGGUGUGAUAUUAAGUGCACGUGCACUCGAUAUAUCGAUUGUGAUACGUUUUGGGCAAUAUUGAGUUGUAAGCAAUAUCGAUAUUCCAUGCACAGCGAUUUAAAUACAACGAUCCUAAGGAUAUAAUCAAUGGUAGUUUUAAUUAAAGUACAAUUUAUCUUGCAUCAAAGAGAUAAAAAGAAACAGAAUGGUUAUACCUUAUUAUUAAGGUCCGUUAUAAAACGUUUGUUUAUGAAUUUGAAGCGUACCAUGGAUUGUUUUAUUUAAAUCUGUAUGGACAAAGGGGUGCGUAUUAAAAGACAGUAAUGUGAUGUUUGUAUGGCCUUCAGUUGGCCUAUGACGUGGGAAUUGCAUUCGUCAGCCGAGCGCUGCGUUCGGCGACGUAUAUGUAGUCAUAUUGUAAUAAAAUUUUAUAUAUCAGUAUAUUUAUGACCAAAAAAAUGUAGAUUUUGCACUUAUAUAAUUAGAAAUCAUUUUCUUUUGGAUAGUUUUAUGUGUGUUACGCUGUUUGACAUACGGACAAGGGACUAGUAAUAAUUCGGUUAUGCAGUAUACUCUUGUAGGAAUAGAAAUUGUCAUGUAAUCGAUAAUCGUAUUUUGCUUAGAGGGAAUUCAAUACCAACGAAGUUAAUUCGUAUUGUUCAAAUUUAAUCUCUAAUUUGUAGAGAUCAGAGCUGAUUUUUGUUUAAAAAUUUUUGCAAGACAAAAGUGCCAAGAUAGAUCUGGUGAAGUACCGUUCAUAGAUGUAUGAACUUGCUCAGAUACUCAAAAAGAAGUACAGAAUGUAAAAAUCCCUUUAGGGAGUAAAAGUGUACAUAUGAAUACCACGUACUGUGAUUUUUUAAAUUAUUAGGCAUGAUAAUUAGCAUCAAAGUCACUUAAUAUAACAAAAAUCGUGAUGUAAAAAAUACAAAAAAAAAAAAUACGAAGUAGAAGUCUUUUCUACCACUGCCAGUUUACUUUUUUAAUUUUUUUUGUAACUUUGCAAUCUAACACUCCAUGUGUUAAAUUGUAAUUGUACAAUCAUUUCCGUUGUCAAACGUGUCAUUUGCAUCUGCGGAAUUCCGUCCCUUGACAUACUUCUCAGUAAACUCAUUAGGAUGUCAUAAGUCCCAUUCACAUGAAAGUAAUGCGUCAUUUUGUACGAAACCACUUAAGGCAUGUUCACACAUUUUCUCUUCAAAUGUGCGUUUUUUUUUCAUUUAUAUUGGGCACAAAUUUUUUCUUCGUUACGUUCAAACUUUUUGUAUUUCUAUAUUUUCCUAUAAUGCAACGAUCUGAAAUGAAAAAAAUUGAAU